UCGACGCUGUUGACAUUAGCCAUAAGAAACGUGCGUUAUUUGUGAGAGAAAAACAAAAUACAGAGGAAAGAUAAAGGUUGUAAACUACGUAUAAUGGCAGAACAAUUAUCGGAAGGCCCAGGGAUAGAGCUUGCAUCUGGUCACUUUGGCCCAGUGCCUGUGGCGACGUCCCUGGAGCAGUCACCUACCAAGGCGAGUGGCGCUACAACAACAACAGAUAUCGUUAGGCCUCAAGAUCUUUCAGUCGAUGAUGACGAUGAUGACAUUGACGAAUCUUUAGCAGAAAGGUUGUGGGGUCUAACAGAGAUGUUUCCAGAGGGUCUUCGUAAAGCUGUUGGUAACCUAACCUCAUUUUCCAUCUUCGGUGCAAAGACACUGUUCAGUUUAGGAAAAUCAGCGACGUGGAUAGCCGCAUCAUCUGCCACUAUCCUUGUACUUCCUGUUAUGUUCGAAGGGGAACGGGCACAGCUACAGGAGCAGCAAAUACAACAACAACGCCAGAUAUUGCUUGGCCCCAAUGCGGCUGUGUCUGGUUCUGCAGGGGCAGGAGGGCUGUUGCCAGGGGCGAUGCCAGGUGUCAUGCAAGUCCCUGUUCCACAGAGAUGAUGAUUGGCAGAUCAGAAUCGGAUGAAGUCUACGACCCCAGAGAGAAGACGAAGAAAAGUGACCAAAGUCAUGCAGAUUUUCUGUGUCAGACAUUGUAUUCUCAGAUAAAAAAAAGUUUUUAAUAUCAUCUUUUUUUAAUAUUAUAUUCCUGCACUGUGGAAAAAGACGGAAUUUGAGUGAAAAUAAAACUUAAGGGUUAGCUAGAUGUAAUGAGAGAGACAGGUAAAAUUAAAACCAGAUGUUAUACAAGAGUUAAGUGUCGUGAUGUAUUUAAAUGUACAUCUGGUAUGCAUUUUUCAGUGUAGUAAACAACUGAAAU